AUGGCUGAAGCAGGUGGUAUCGAUCGUAAGGCUGAGGAGCGGAUGGAGUUCAACACCUCCAAGGAGGUCACUGUCCAUCCUACCUUCGAGUCCAUGUCGCUGAAGGAAUCUCUCCUUCGUGGAAUCUACGCCUACGGAUACGAGUCUCCCUCGGCUGUCCAGUCACGCGCCAUCGUCCAAGUAUGCAAAGGCCGGGAUACUAUUGCUCAGGCGCAAUCCGGAACCGGCAAGACUGCGACCUUCUCCAUUAGCAUGCUCCAGGUCAUCGAUACCGCGGUCCGCGAAACCCAAGCACUCGUUCUCUCUCCAACACGCGAGUUGGCCACACAGAUUCAGAGCGUUGUCAUGGCUCUCGGCGACUACAUGAACGUGCAAUGCCACGCCUGCAUCGGAGGAACAAACGUCGGCGAGGACAUUCGCAAGCUGGACUACGGCCAACACAUCGUUUCUGGUACUCCUGGUCGUGUUGCCGACAUGAUCCGACGCCGGCAUCUGCGCACCCGCCAUAUUAAGAUGUUGGUUCUCGACGAAGCCGAUGAGUUACUCAACCAAGGAUUCAGGGAGCAGAUCUACGAUGUGUAUCGAUACCUCCCUCCCGCCACGCAAGUCGUCGUCGUCUCUGCUACCCUCCCCUACGAUGUGCUCGACAUGACCACAAAGUUCAUGACCGAUCCCGUCCGUAUCCUUGUGAAGCGUGACGAGUUGACUCUCGAGGGUCUCAAGCAGUACUUCAUUGCCGUCGAGAAGGAGGAUUGGAAGUUCGACACGCUCUGUGAUCUCUACGACACGUUGACCAUCACCCAAGCCGUCAUUUUCUGCAACACGCGGCGCAAGGUGGACUGGUUGACCGACAAGAUGCGCGAGGCCAACUUCACUGUCAGCAGCAUGCACGGUGACAUGCCGCAAAAGGAGCGAGACAGUAUUAUGCAGGACUUCCGGCAGGGCAACAGCCGUGUUCUCAUCUCCACUGAUGUGUGGGCGCGUGGUAUCGAUGUCCAGCAGGUCAGUCUGGUCAUCAACUACGACCUUCCCAGCAAUCGUGAAAAUUACAUCCACCGUAUUGGCCGAUCUGGAAGAUUUGGACGUAAGGGUGUUGCGAUCAACUUCGUUACCAGCGAGGAUGUGCGCAUUCUGCGAGAUAUCGAGUAUGCAAAAUCGAAUCACCUCUAUUGGACAUUGACACGGGCCGCUUACUGGGCCAUCAUGGGCUUGCGAACUUUGUCGCGGCAGUGGUGGCCCCAAUGCGGCCUUUGCGCCACUAUCCAGCUUCUGCACGUGCCGAGCACUAAUGCGGCCGCACGUGACGAUGAGUUAGCCGCGGGAAGUCCCGAAUCUACGAGGCUGUCGAGCCCCUCCUGGGCCGUGUUUUCGAGACAGGGCAAGAAAUCUCCUGACGGAGCCCUAUUGCUUGACUCGUUAUCCUUCCUUCUACGGGGCGUGGCAAUGGCUGCGCACGAAAUUAGCGAGCCGCGAAGACAGGAGACCUAG